AAGUGAUUGAUUAAAGUGAACAAGCAUACAGCAAUAUAUAGAAAGUAGAAAACAAGCAGUUGUAGAAUACAUGCGCCGUCGGAUUGGAAACUCUUUAGCUUAGUUCCUGAUUCUCGUUCAGCGAUGGGGAGCCAUGUCGUGAAGGCUUUGAAGGCUUGGUCUCGCGUUUUGAGGUUGUAGUGCCAAACAUAUCUUGUUGCUGCAUCGAUGAACAUGAUGACAUAGUUGAAGUCGGCUUCAGUGUCGUCUCGAGGCAUGUUUAAGAUGUCGCUGUAAACUUUUUCCAUCGGUGCGUAUGCAGGUGCGCUCGGAUUGUGAUGCGAUGUAAAAGGUUGGUGGGGAAGAUCUGCUUCGGGGCACGUGAAGCAUCGUGCGCGAGGUCGUCGUAGUUCUUGGCCACUUGUUGUAAGGAGAGCGUUUCGUUCUAACACUUCGGCUUGGAUGGUUUGUAGUACCGUGCUGUUUGCAGGAUGCCCAAGGCGUUGGUGCCAGAUGUCGUCGGAAGCGCGAUGGCCGCGCGAGCGUUGGUACAUGUCGGUGUUGGAGAAGAACGCGACGACCGUGGCGGGACUUCGGCAGACUUCUCGUGUGAUGGGGAUAAGUUGAUCUGCUUCGGUUGGCGGUCCUCGGAUCGCCGGUCGUGGUAUUCGGCUGGGUCCUGCUGCUGCUACUGCAGGUAUGGUGUUGGAGUACCAGAAUCCAUCUGGGGUGAAGUCGGGGUCAAGAUCUGGCGGGUGCGUCGAGGCUGCGAACGACACGAUGCCAUCGCUGUCGGCAGUACCGCGGUCGGGGACGAAGUCCAACAUGAAGACACCGGACUUCAGAUGAGCACGACCGGUGAAGAGGCCGCCCUUCCCGUGGUAAAGGCGAAACUCGUUGAGUCCGAGUCGCACUCCAAGUGAAUCCCUUUUGCCAUUAGCUGGCUGACGCUUAGCAGAUUGUAUCCCA